CAUGAAAGGAAAUGAAAUUGCACUAGUUCAAACAAAAGAAACAACAAGCAGCGUGACAAUCAGCUUUUAGAACCUAUCCUAUUAGGUCAAAGUUAAAAACCCCCAGGGAAUAAUAGAGAACAAGAUGAUCCUAAAUAACAUAUCUGGAAUUUGCAAACCAGGCUAGGUUACUGCAAUUCUUGGAGCUUCAGGAGCAGGAAAAACAUCAUUGCUCAAUAUAUUGGCUAAAAGAAUAUCUCCUGGUGGCAAUGUGGCUUUGUAGGGGAACAUUCAUGCAAAUGGUGAACCAUAUAAUAGCGAUAAAUUUUCUCAAUUCUCAUCAUACGUCAUGCAAAAUGAUGUUCUUUUUGGAACAUUAACUGUCAGAGAAACAUUAGAAUUUGUAGCCAAUUUAAAGUAUGCAGAUCCAUAACAAAAGAUUGAUAAAGUAGAGUAUGCAUUGAAGACUUUAAAGUUAGAAAAAUGUCAAAAUACUCUUGUAAUUAUAGAUCAUAUAUGAUAGAUUGGUAAUGCAAUGAUAAAGGGAAUAUCAGGAGGAGAGAGAAAAAGAACUUCAAUAGGAGUUGAAUUGGUUAGUGAUCCAUUUUGUAUUUUAUUGGAUGAGCCUACUUCAGGUUUGGACUCAUUUACAGCCUUCAUUAUAAUGUAAAAUAGAUUUAAAUUUGAUUUUAGAAAUUUACUUCGAAAAUUGGCUCAUAGUUCAGGCAGAACAAUAGUGUUUACAAUUCAUUAGCCAAGUGCAGACAUCUAUAUGUUAUUUGAUUAAGUGAUGCUUUUAGUUUAAGGGAAGCUCAUCUAUUAGGGGAGUAGAGUAGAUAUGGUGAAUUAUUUCAAAAGCAUAGGUUUCGAAUGUCCAGCACAUUCGAAUCCUUUGGAUUACUUAAUGAGUGUUAUGCAUCACGAAGAUGCUGACCAUCCACAUUAUUAAACACUGUUUACUGGUUACAAUUAAAGAUUCGCUCAAGAAAUUGAAAAUGCAAUAAAUGCAAUUCAAAUUUAACAGAUAUCAAGACAAUCAAUUUAAACGUCUUUUGGAUUUUAAGUUGCUGAGAUUUUCAGAAGAGGAAUGAUUAAUGUAAAAAGAGAUAAGGUUCUAGUAAGAGGUCGUUUAGUAAUGACGAUAUUUAUUGGUCUACUUAUUGGAGGUAUCUUUUGGACUGCAGGUAGUGAACCUGGAUACAAAGGAAUUUAGAGUACAAUAGGAGUUUUAUUCUUCUUGGUGAUGAGCAGUUUUAUGGGAGCACUGAAUCCUGUGAUGGUGUAAUUUCCAGCUGAAAGGGAAGUAUUUUUAAGAGAGGAAAAUUCAAAAUUGUAUACUACGGCAGCGUAUUUCACAGGCAAAAGUUCAGUAGAGCUUCCAUUUUUAUUUGUUUUCCCUGUCAUCUAGUAACUUAUUUGUUAUUGGAUGGUUGAUUUAAACGAUAAGACUGGAGACAUUGUUGUAAUUAACAUUAUUAUUUGUAUCUUACUUGGUUUAAGUGGAAAUAGUUUUGGUAUAAUUUAUUGCUAGUUAUUAGGUCUAAUGACUGGAUGCAUGUUUAAUGAUCUCAAAGCAGCUGCUGGAUUUCUGCCUGUAGUUUUAAUGCCUUUGGUUAUAUUUUCUGGCUUUUAUGCUAACUAAUCUAUGUACAUGGAUUGGAUAGGAUGGAUCCAAUAUUUAAGUCCAAUGAAAUAUGCUUUUGAGGCACUAGUAUGGAAUGAAUUCAAAACUAGAGAUGAUGAAUUCAUUGGUAAGACUAUAGAGAACUCCAACCCUAUUAAUACCUACGAUCUAACUUUAGGUCUCUGGAAAUGCCUGGUCAUUUUAGUGGCCAUCAUUCUAUUUUUCAGGUUUAUGGCUCUAAUGUUUUUGUACCUCUUGAGAGGAAAGUAAUAAUGA